AUGAAUAGUGAUCAGGCUGGAGUUGAUUUAUUAUUGAAUAAUAAUCCGUUUAAAUCGCAGUCGAAGUCGCCAAUAGAGUUAAAUGAGACUCGGAACCUAGCAUUGCAAGAGCGCUGCAUAGAUUUGACGACUUCCACUGCUUUAAAUGUCUUGGACGGGACUUUUGGACUCAGGGAAAUUCUAUUUUCCUGUUCAGAAUCUAGAAAUUCUAUGGUUUCUGACGUUGAUCCGCAGCUUAUUCUCAAAUUAUUUUUCAGAGAACCCGUUUGCAUAGAUUACUUGAUCCUAAGAGCUAAUUCUAAGCCUGAAAACCUAGACGCAAGUCCACCUAAAACUCUACAGAUAUAUAGCAAUAGGCCGGAGUUUGACUUUAGUGAGUCUGAUAGUAUAGAUCCAGACCAGGUUGUGGAGUUGGUCGAGUCUGACUCUGAGACACGCGUUAAGCUCAAGGGCACGAGGUUCACACAUGUGAAGAGUCUUCAGAUCUUCAUAGUGGAUAAUUCACGAGACACUGAUCAAACAUUUUUAAAUGAACUUGUAAUUUGGGGAAAAGUACACCCAAACUAUAAAUCUGACUUUUAA